GGUUGGUUCGCUGUCUUCCCUCCCACUAAGCACAUGCUUCUUCUUCUUCUCCACCAUCUCCGCGACUCCAUUUCCCAUUUUUCUUUCUUUUUUUUUUCUCUGUAACCAAAUCUGGAAUUGAUUUCAUAUUCGCACCUUUUUUUGUGCCCUUUGAAAUUCUCUUUUAUUUUUGUGGCAUUUUGUUUUUUGUUUCACGCUCCCACAUGCGUCGCUCUCGUGUUGUCUGAUCUGUACUGGAUCACAAGAAUCUCUCCUUCUGCUACUUUAAUACUCUCUUCUCUUGUUCUUCCUCUGUAGAAGAAGAGGGGAAUCGGAAUAUAUCGAGGGGAAAUGAAGAGAAAAGGUGCGACGUCAAUGGUGUCUCCGACAUGAUUUUUCUCAUCAGCCGAGAAAGUCAAGAGGGGACAGAAAAGAAAAAGGAAAUUCCGAAUAUUAGCUUGAAUCUCUACAAUUGGCUUCCGAAGGUCGAAAUGAUUAGUUCUAGAUUCGAAAUUCUGAAGAGUUCACUUAUGUUUUGGGGUUGAAUUUUGGAACUUGAUCUGAUAUAUCUGUUGUUGAGACAUGGAAACUACCAUUGAUGCUGCCAAGUACAUACACAGUCCAGUUCACAGAGCCGUUGCCUGCAGAGACUAUGCCGGUCUCAGGGUUAUACUGUCUGGUCUCCCGAAGCAUCGGAACCCGUCUGAGAUUCAGACAGAAUCAACUUCCUUAGCCGAGGAGGUGAAAGCCGAUGCCAUCUCGGCUAUCAUUGAUAGAAGAGAUGUUCCAAACCGGGACACGCCCCUUCAAUUAGCUGUCAAACUGAGAGACGCAACCAUGGUUGAAAUGCUCAUGAUCUCGGGUGCUGACUGGACAUUGCAGAAUGAACACGGUUGGAACGCUCUACAAGAAGCUAUAUGUAGUAGGCAAGAGGCAAUUGCGAUGAUAAUAGUGCGGCAUUACCAGCCAUUGGCUUGGGCUAAAUGGUGUAGAAGAUUGCCUCGCUUGAUCGCGUCAAUGCAUAGAAUGAAGGAUUUUUACUUGGAGAUUAGUUUUCAAUUUGAGAGUUCUGUUGUACCCUUUGUGUCCAAGAUUGCUCCUUCGGACACUUAUAAGGUGUGGAAGGUAGGAGCGAAUCUGAGAGCGGAUAUGACUUUAGCCGGGUUUGAUGGGUUCAAGAUUCAGCGGUCGGAUCAGAGUAUACUUUUCCUCGGUGAUGGGUCGGAGGAUGGGAAAGUUCCUCCUGGUUCGCUUUGUAUGGUUUCACAUAAGGAGAAAGAAGUUAUGAACGCUCUGGAUGGUGCAGGUGCUCCAGCAUCAGAGGAAGAGGUCAAGAAAGAAGUGGCUGCAAUGUCUCAAAGCAAUAUAUUUAGACCCGGGAUUGAUGUUACGGAAGCUGUGCUCUUGCCACAAACGACUUGGAGGCGACAGGAAAAGAUCGAGAUGGUGGGUCCGUGGAAAGCUAAGGUAUAUGAUAUGCACAAUGUGGUUGUCAGCAUUAAAUCCAGAUGUGUUCCCGGCUCUGCAACUGAUAAGGAGUACGAGAACGGCGCAGAAGGGGGUGAUGAUGAUCUCAGCGAUAUUUUAACAGAGGAAGAGCAAAGGCAACUAGAGGCUGCACUUAAGCUUGAUCUUCCAGAAAACCUUCUUAACGAGAAUGGUGAAAAUGGUUCUCGAGAUAUUCAUGUAGAGGAUUUUAACGAGAUGCGAAAUGGGGGCAACGGGAAACACGAGAAGAAAGGGUGGUUUGGGGGUUGGAGAAGAAAGGAGAGUAAACACGAGAAGCAGAGUGUAUAUGUACCUCCGAGAAGUUCUCUCUGCGUAGACGAGAAGGUAAGUGAUCUCCUCGGAGAUUCUAAACAGAUAAAACCCGGGAGACACUCGGUGGAGGUGGUGGUGAGGGAUGAACACAGGAAAGCAAGAGUCACUUCUAAAUCACUGAAGGAGGCAAACCAUGAAAGCGAGUACAAGAAAAGUUUAAGACCUGUUCUCUGGCUCUCCCCGAACUUUCCCCUGCAAACUGAAGAACUGCUUCCAUUGCUUGACAUAAUUGCCAACAAGGUCAAGGCAAUUCGUCGUUUACGUGAUCUUCUCACAACAAAACUCCCGGUGGGUACAUUUCCCGUCAAGGUUGCUAUUCCUGUUGUACCGACAAUCAGAGUGCUUGUUACCUUCACGAAAUUUGAAGAACUGCAGCCAGCAGAUGAAUUCAAGACACCUCCCUCGAGCCCUACUGCUUCUGGCUAUGAGAGCCCAGCUCCAACACAUUCAUCAUCAUCAUCAUCUUCCUGGUUUAGUUGGGCAAAAGCUCCAUCUAACCACUCUAGAACAAACCCCUAUGGUUCGAGCAGCUUGAUCCAUUCACAUCAAGACCCGUUUGCUAUCCCGGCUGAUUACACUUGGGUCUCUGCUGAAGCAAGGAAGAAGCUGAAGCAACAGAAGCAGAAAUCCAAAAAGGGAAAGAACCAGAACCAGUGAGAUCACAGAUGAUGACCCGAGUUUUGAGACAUACUCCUAACCUACACAGGUUUUAUCGACACAUUGCCCUGCAAGGAUAGCGUAUUCUUCACGGGGAAAACACGGAGAAACAAGGGCUAUGCUUUUUACGUCAAAGCGGAUAACCUCAGUUUCGAAGAGGAAUUAGAACAUUUCAAUUGGGAAUCAGAUUGUUGAUUGCUUGCUUGUUCUUGGAUGGUACUAACAUGUUUGAUUGUUCAUUUUGUAAUAUACGAGACAGAAUUCUGCCUUUUACAGUUUCUUUGAGGAGCUGCAGAUUGUUUGAACUUUCCUUGAGUUGAUGGAAGGUUAUUCUUUUAAAUGUAACAGACAUCAUUCUUGUUCCUUUUGUAUCUGAGAAGUGUUUCUACUUACACA